AUGGACUCUCGCUGGCUGCCACUGCUGCUCGUCGGCGCUGUCGCCGCGGCGCCCGUCGCCAACCACGUUGAGCGGCUCGACGACGACCGGCUCUUCUUCCGCGGCGACAUCUACGUCAAGGUCGCACCAUUGACGCCCGCCGACGCCUGCGCCAACGACCUGUACCUCGUCUACAGCUGCAACCCGACCAAGUACAUCCUCUCGGUACUCUGCGUCGUUGGCCUCGUCGUGCUCGCCGGCGCCAUGUCGGGCCUCACUGUCGGCGUUCUCUCGCUGAACCGAACGCACCUCGCCGUGCUCGAGCAAGAAGGCGUGCCACGGCAGAAGGCGGCGGCCGCACGGCUCCUUCCAAUCCUGCGCAACCACCGACUGCUGCUCGUGACGCUUGUGCUCAUGAACGCGCUCGCCAACGAAGCGCUGCCCAUGUUCCUCAACACGCUCAUCAACCCGAUCGCAUCGGUCGUCUUCUCGGUGACCUUUGUUGUGCUCUUUGGUGAAAUUGUGCCCACGGCGCUCUGCACGGGCGAGCGGCAGCUCGUGAUCGGCGCGGCCUGCGUCCCGCUAUUGCAGUUUCUCAUGCGGCUCACGUAUCCCAUCACGUAUCCGAUAGCCGUGUUUCUCAACUUUACGGUCGGGCACUCGGCCGCCGACGCUCCGUACUCGCACAACGAGCUCAAGGCGCUUGUGGCGAUCCAAGCCGACCCGACAGCAGGGCUGAGCACGACCGAGGUCGACCUCUUGCAGGGGAUUCUUGAGCUCGGUGCGCAUGACGCGGCGAGCGUCAUGACCCCCGUGACGACGGCCAGUGACGUAUCGCCAGAGCCAUGUGUGCCGUCGACGAGCCGCCGCCUCGAGCUCCCGGCGGUCGACGACAGCUGUCCGGAUUGGCACGACCACGACAUUUACGUGCACCACUCGACCAUCUACGUCGUCGACCGCAUCUUCAACCAGGUGACGCGCCUGCACAAGUGCGUGACGACGCCGGCGUCGACGCCGCUCGCCGAGCUCUAUGCGCUGCUGCAGGACCAGCUCGUCGUCGCGCUGAUUGCUAAUGACCAGGGCGAGGUCGUGGGCCUGGUGACGUGGCGCGACGUGCUUCGUGCGACGAAGCAGCCAGUGCAGAAAGGCGAGGCCUUGCUGAACGUUGACACGCUGCCGGACGACGACGCGUCGUGCUCGAGCACCGAUAGCAGCACGAGCCCAGACGGACAUGUGCCCAAGCGCUUUUUCUCCAGAGAAGACGACAUCAAGUACACACGGCUGUGCAUACUCGGCGGCGACGACGAAGACGAGUUCGGCAACCAGCACCGCCCCGUCGCCUGCUCCUAG